CGCCGCAGACUCGCUUGUGUGUGGAGCGACGCAGUAAACAAUUCCCUCACUCCUCUCUCCCGGAGAAAGUCGCUCUAUAAAGACUUUGCAGCGACAAGGUUUCACCUUGACUUACGAAUGGUGAACUUUUCUGUGGAGUUUUUACUCAAUAGUAAUUGUUUUAGUUGUCAAAAAGGAGCUAAAGACCCGUGUUUCCUCGAAGCUAUCAUGCUGAACACCGAGGAAAGUUCCUGGUUAGCGGGGUCUCGGCUGACCUGCUCCAUCCCUCAGUCUCCGGGGCCUCUGUGGUGCUCCGAUGCCCCUCACCCACUACUGAAGAUCCCGGGUGGGCGAGGGACGGUCAGGGAUCACUCUCUUGGCGUGCUUCUACACAAGGAUGAAAAGUUAACAGUGACGCAGGGCGCUCCAGGGAGUGGAAACCCCUCUCUUCUCCGCUUCCACUACCAGCUAAGUGAGCGCCGCUCGGCCUUCUGGGAUACAGCUCUAUCAGGAGACAGCCUUUUCCUGGAGAUCCCCACUGGCUCACUCAUGGAGGGAAGCAAGGAAGGGCUAACGGCUCUGCUCGAGUUUGCAGAGGAGAAGCUCAAAGUUAACUACGUGUUCCUGUGGUUCCAUAAAAACAGAGAGGAUCGAUUGUGCAUCAUCAAGACGUUCCACUACAUGGGCUUCGAGAUGGUGAAGCCGGGAAACUCCAUGGUACCUGCCCGGUCCGAUCUGGCCUUCAUGGUUUACUCUCUGGACAACAGCAGCUCAGACGAGGAGUAACUGCCACACGGCCUCCUGACACCUCCCUCUCCCACCCUGACCCUCCCCCCCCUUUCCUUUCCCAUCCCUCCACCUCCAAUAGACACACACCUUCUGCCUCGAGUCUCGCUCUGACAAAACCCCAAACCUCUCCCCUCAGAAAUCCCCUCAUCAACCACUGGGAAGGUGUCACCUUUUUUUAAAUCUUUUUUUUUUAAACAGACUUGUGAUUUAAGAGGGAGAUUUGAAGCGGUUGGAUUUCCAUAUGAUGCAGACACCCCCUCCUCCCACCUUUUCUCAUCCCCGGAGGAUAACUGCAGAUGGGAAGCGGCGUAGCUUGAACUAAGUCACCACAUGCAUCUUGUUUUAUUUUUUUGUUCCUGCUUACUGAUUUGUCUCGUUGCUACAUUCUUUGUUUGUGCUGCCAUCGACAAGACAAACAAACAGGAAGCAUAUCUCUUCUCCGACAGCUUCAAACUUUUUUCAGAAGAGACUUUGGUCUGUAAAAACAUGCACGCGGUGCUGGUAGGGCUAAAAAAAAAAAAAAACUAAAAAAACUUUAUGGGUUGGGUUCGGUCAAAAUAAUGUCUUGCUUCAUGAUAUAGAUAACGGGUGAAAACCUGAUGUUUCAUUUAAGCUCAUCUAAACGUGUCUUUGCAGUCCUUCCUGAUGUACGUUUAGGCAUCAUUCCAGCACAUGUCAAACACUCUGCUGUUUUUGUUUUGCUCUUAUCUGCCCAAAAUACCCAUAUCUAGUCUCUCCACUUGUGUCACAGCUUCAAAAAAAAAAGCAGGAUGUUUGUUGAAUGUCUCAACAAGGAAGCUGCCAACAUGCUGAGGCAAAUCCCUCCUCUUCCUUCUCCGAGUAAGAAUCAUGUCAAGUCAAGCUGAAGAUGGGAGUCACUGACGAGCUGGAAAAGGAGGAUGGCCGCGUUUGUUUUUCCAUUUUAUUUUGCCCAUCGCAUACAGUAACGAAUGCUUAGAGUGAAUAUUUUUUUUAAGAAACAUAAGCUGCAUAAUUGUUGGUGUAAGAUGAUCGGGUUGGAAGAGGAACUCAACUUGUUGUUUCUUUGCAUUAAAGUGUAAAAAAUGAUGUUUGAAUCUAGUGAAGCUUUAGCCCAACUUUGGACCUUUCAUGUAUCAAAUUCAAACCAAGCUAAGGAUCUUUUUAUGCAAAAAAUAAACAACUACAGUAAUGAUAGCUGAGAGCCUUUGAAGGUUGUUAAACAGCAUUAAAGAUUGUUCUGAGGGUGUGUGUUAGCAUCUUGUGUGCCUCUUAACUAUUGGGUUAAGAAAAUGAUUUAGUCGCUUGCAUAAUGAGCCUGAUUUCAACCUCUCUGUCUCUUACUGGCUAUAUUCAGGUGGUUUGAUAUGACAGUGUCCUUGCUUGUCCCCUAAAAGUAUUAGGGAAUGUGUUAUUUUUAAUGAAAAUAAUAAAUAAAACUAUCCAAGAUCUACAGCAGUGGUUCUCAACUGGUGGGUCGGGACCUGUUUUCAGUGGGUCGUGAACAUGUGACUGGAAAAGAAAAAGUCUCCAAAAGUCUUUGAAGCGCUCUUUAAACAUGCUGGUUUUGUUCCUUCUCUUUAUUCCAUCACAUGUUUUGCACCAUCUGAGGUCCAGACUGCACAUUUUCUCAUUCUAUGAAUCUGAUUGGUUGAAAAAAAUAUCAGAAAUUUGGAUCGCGAUUUAAAUGAAGGAGUUGGUGGUGGGUCCUUAGGCUAGGCUAGUUGAGAACUACUGCUCUACAGUAUGUAGGGAAAUAUAUCCCUUUCUAUUGAGCAGUUUUAUUCAGCUCUGUAUUGUAGAUAAAUGAAAUUUGCAGCUGCUGUCUUGAUUUUGAAAAAAGCAGCACAAUUUGAGAGGGGGGGAGAAUCUGGAUUUGAAACGGUCAAUUUAUUUUAUUCAGAUAUAAAUCAGCCCCCAAACAGUGCAAACUUCUGUUUAACAACCUUCUGGGUUUUUCCAAAGAUCACUGAAACACCCUGUGACUGGAAUAAUGGUUACACACAAGAGGCACAAACUGGGCUUUGUGAGGCUUCAUUCAGCCCCAUAGAGUCAUCAGUUUGAUUCCCCAACAUCAGCUGAAAGCUUGAUUAAAAUCGGGGGCUUUUUGUGCCUAAAGAGGAGGGUGCAAUGUUCAUAAUCUUUUUAUUUUUUACUCCUAAGUCUUAUUGAAGAAUGUCUCACAGUUUCCAUAUUUCACCCCAUGCUGAUUCAGACCCUAAUGUGAGGAAACUCGACAGAGGGGUACAACAACAAACAGCAGCACUUCAGGUUAUUGCCAUAUAUGCAAAACACAGGAGGAAUCUUAUGCAGGUUUUACUUUUGGUUUUGUUGUUUUUAGCACUCUAUACCCAAAACGCCAAAGAAUCCAUGUCUGUAAAAAACGAUUGAUUUUAAGUCCUUUUUUGGAAUUCAGCUGAUUGAAUCCCUAGUUUGGUAUGUAAAGCAAUAUAAACCUACAUUCCCCAUGCCAGCCGUACUACCUGUUGCACCUCAGACUAACGUGAUAGUCGACUGUUCCAUGUUGGUGUUGGGAUGGGGUGGGGGCCGCCUUCUUCUUCUUGUUCUUCUUCUGCAUGUGUUCAGAACAUACGAGUCUUCAUUGCUACUGAUUAAGCCCUGACUAUAAGCUGUUAGGAAAUGUCAAUAUAUGAAUUUUUUCUCAGAGGUCUAUUUUUAUGUAUGUAUAUUUCUCUAAUGUUUACUGUGAUAGUUUUAGGGAUCUAUUUUUCGUUCUCAGUGACGAUAGUGUUAGCGAACAUUCAAUGACAAUCCACUCUUGUAUACUUUGGAAAAUUUUGUCUGGGGGGGUAAACAAUAAAACUUGUUAUCUAAACAGA